AUGAAUCGUGUUCUGUUUCUUUUGCUUAUAAAUUUAUCUGGUGGUGUAUGUAUUAAGACAAAUCUUCUAUCAAAUAGAACAACAAUAGUGCAUCUAUUUGAAUGGAAAUGGCGUGACAUUGCGGAGGAGUGUGAAAGAUUUUUAGCCCCCAAGGGUUUUGGUGCUGUGCAGAUUUCACCGCCGUCAGAAAAUUUGAUCAUAAAAACCCAAAAUGAUCUAAGACCCUGGUACGAAAGAUAUCAAGUGAUGUCGUAUAAUUUGGAAACACGUUCCGGCAACCAAGAUGACUUCUUAAACAUGACAAAGAGGUGUAACAAAGUUGGUGUUAGGAUAUACGCAGACGUUGUUGUAAACCAUACGACUGGUUCACAUAAGAGCAAUAAAGGAACUGGUGGAAGCACUGCAGACUUUGACAAGUACAGUUACCCAUCCGUCCCAUACAAUGUUGAGAAUUUUCAUUCAUUCUGUAUAAUCAAUAACUAUUACAAUGCGACUGAGGUUCGCAACUGUCAGUUAUUAGGACUGAAAGAUCUCAAUCAGACUGAAGAAUAUGUAAGACAAAAUAUAGCUAAUUACAUAAAUAAACUCAUAAAGCUCGGCGUGGCUGGCUUAAGAAUAGAUGCCGCUAAACACAUGUGGCCGAGUGAUCUCAAAGAAAUUUAUACAAGGUUAGACAAUUUGAACCCUGAAUUCGGCUUCCCACCAAACACAAGACCGUAUAUCUAUCAAGAGGUAAUUUAUUACGGAAGCGAGCCGAUACGACCUGAAGAGUAUACGCCUCUCGGAGACGUCACUGAAUUUAGGGUUGGCAAUGAACUGAAGAACGUCUUUCGUGGAAUUAACUCUUUGAAGUGGUUAGUGAAUUGGGGUGAGAAAUGGGGGCUGUCACCUUCUAAAACUGCUUUAGUUUUCAUUGACAACCACGACACACAACGUAGCAGUGACAUGUUGACAUACAAAGAGGCGAGAGCUUAUAAGGCCGCCAUAGCAUUCAUGCUAGCACAUCCGUAUGGUCAACCACGAAUUAUGAGCAGUUACUUCUUCACAAAUAAUGAAAUUGGACCUCCUAGUGAUGAUAGCGAGAAUAUACUGUCACCGAUAAUAAACGAAGAUGACACAUGUGGCAAUGGCUGGGUGUGUGAACAUCGCUGGCGUCAAAUAUAUCAAAUGAUCGGCUUCAGAAAUGUUGUCAUUAAUACAAGCAUCAAAAACUGGUGGGAUGAUGACAAUAAACAAAUUGCUUUUGGAAGAGAUGCAAAGGGUUUUAUAGUAUUUAAUGGAGAUGAAAUUGAACUUAACGUUACUUUGCAGACUGGACUUCCCCCUGGGGAGUAUUGCGAUGUAAUAUCGGGUUUGAGAGUUGGAUCACAUUGCACGGGGAAUAAAAUAUACGUAAAUAAUGAUGGUAGAGCACAUUUUUAUAAGACACAAUACGCUGAAGAUAUGCAUAUAGCUAUCCAUGUUGGCAAAGAGUCAAGAGAAUAUCAUAGAAAACGAGAUAAAUAA